AUGUUCUCUACCCACAGCGCAAGCUCCUCCCCGGACAUCCUUGCGCCUCCUGGCGAUGCCGACUACUUGAUUUCCUCGCCAUUCAGACCUUUCCCCGGUCGACAAAGUAGCCUCAUGUCGCCCGCGAACCGCCGCAUCCUCCAGACCCCCGGCGCCGCGAAACGGAAACGCAUCAGCCUCAGCCCUGCGAAAAGCGCUCAUUCAAUCCGCUUCGAUGAUAUUCUACUACCAGGGUCACCCACGAGGAACCCGAACGGACGACAGCGGCCUUCGUCGCCGGACAAAGCUCAAGCGGACGGAAAUGUCAGUCCCUGGCGGAUUCGCGUGACCCUUGAAGCUACACAGGACGAGCAGGAAAACCAAGGCAGCCCAUCGCGUAAACGGCCCAAACCCACGACUACGACUACAAAGGUUCCGCUGAAGGAUGAUUCGGAGCAGACCCCUCGGAGAAAACGAGGCCGUCCGAGGAAGUCCCUCAAUGCGACUCCGCUCGGUGGUAGCGCCGGUAACACCCCGGGCCCUGGGAACACCCCAGGACCAGGGAAUACACCUGGUCCUAUGAACAGCGAGCAGAAGAGGCGGCGGGGCCGGCCAAGGAAAUAUCCACCGACACCUGCACCGGUUGAAACUAAUAAACAACACGAACAGCUUCAAGAACCCGACGUGCCUGAGGUGGAUGCGCAGUUGUUGGACACAGCUCCAGUUGGUACAGAGCUGGGGAGCCGCAGCUGGAGUCCGCUAGAUCUCGCCGGUGAUGCCGAUUCUGAUGAUGGGUUUGACGACCAUCACCUAUUGGAUAUACCGUUCGAUGCGCCCGCGCAGGAGGAGCUUCCGCAAGUGGCCCCUGAGGACGUUCAAAAUACACGGCCGGCAUUAGAUCGAACCUACGAUACUCCCAAUGGCGAUGCAAUAGACCGCUUUCACUCUCAACAAGGAGACGAUAAUAUACAUUCGACUCCCUCGAAAAUGCCAUCACCAACUCGAGAUCUUCAGAGCUUGUCUCGGGAGAACAGCAUACAUGCGGGCCACACACCCAUGCCGCCAAGGAGAUAUCCGACCCCGAUUUCCUCGUCGCAGGUAGAGAAUGAACGGCAGGGACGCAGCCGGCCUGCUCACGAGAGCUCUGCAAGCGCUCAGCCCAGCCCAGUUACGAAUGUUCCCACAAGUCCGCACCGCGAUUUCGAUACUAUCAUGGAAAGUGAAGGGUUUAGCAUGGUCUCACUAGAUACGUUACCUUCCGCUCGACAGCACGCAAUAAGCAGCAAUUCGAACCUUGCCAAGGGCCCCUUGAAGCCGUUUAUUGAAAGGGAAACAAAUGGUGUCAUCAGACGGAACACAAACGUCCUGGAUCGCCGAACCGAGGCAAUCGCUCCUCAUAGCCCAAGUCCCGAUCCAAGGUUCUCUCCGGCGCACAAUUCUGAAUCUCAACAAGCUAGUGGCCAGUCUGCCACGAAACGUGGGCCCUUUUCUCCUAUACAAUCUAAACAGCCCUCCCCGAAGCAUUCUUUACCCGUCUCCAGUCGAAGACCGCCGCUCCGAUUAGCAACGAUGGUUAGGGCUGGAAUUGCUCUGGCACGCGUUCUUAGCCGAUCCAACCCCCCUUACAACCCAGGAAGCCCUGUCCCUGACUAUAUGGAAAGUCGGCAACGGCUGGAUGCAGUGUUCCGCGACCUGAAUCCCGAAUCGAAACGGGUUUUGGGGGCGGCUCUAGGACUCGGACAAGCGCUUGCGAUUCGACGGAAAUACAUGGAGCUCAGCAGCCCUCAAAAGCGAGCAUUGAUUGAAGACGAACUACAAGAAGAAGGCCUGGACAGCCCGGACUUCCAAUACACAAGACGGAAUGUGUCCGACACUCCAAACCAACAACUCGACGGUGCGCCAGACUCCUCUCCUGGCACGGAGAUGAAGCGACGGCUCGCAGAGUGGCAGCGGGAGAGGGAAGCAGUCAGUCGUAUGAUAAAUGAGGCGAACUCGAGUCAAGUCAUUGUUAUUGAUAGCGAUGUUGGCACCCCGAAUUCUGUGAGAAGAGGCGACGCAGAAGACAUGGACGAUGCGGAUGAAGAUCUUUGGAUGCCGGGACAGGAAGGGCAGGAGGUGCAGGAGACAGGGGCGGAUUACGACAACAUGGAAGGGGAUUAUGAUGAAGAAGAUCCCUGGCUACCAAGCCAUGGAGCACGCUUGGAAAAGGCAAAAGGAGGCCAUGGCAGUGACGGUAUCGAUAACGAGAAUGGUGGUAAUGACGGUGACCAAAGUCCUCAGCUGCCAGUGCAGGACGAAGAAGAAGAACAAGAAGGGGAGGAGGAGGAGGAGGAGGAUUAUGAAGUUGAACAUGGAAUUAACUAUGAUAUUGCUCGGAGUCCCCGAAUACACAGACAGGAGGAACAACACCAGGAGAGGUUUGGUCUUGAGGAUGAACACAAUGAAGACGAAGGCUUAGAUGGUGCCGCUGAUGAUGAUGGGUAUGAGGAUAUUUGGCAAGCGCAAGCCAAUGAGGAAGGCAACUCGGGCCGCGGGUCCAUGCUACAGCCUCAGAAUGAUGUGCAGUCGAGUCCUUGGAAAGGCGGCUCGACCCCUGCUGAUCGAGGGUACAGCACAACAUACUCACCGGCGCCUUGGGUGGAUGGGCAAGGCAAAGUGCCUUACUUGGGCCACUCACGUGUUUCGAAACUCCGAGAGCAAGAGGUUGAUUUUGGGCAUCAUGCAGAGGUUACUCCAAACCGCUUUCGUUACUAUUAUGGGAAGAGUAGUCCUGUGAGUACGGCACAGGGACGCUCUCCGCAGCGCGUACCAUCGUCUGCAAUCACAGUGCGCCAGAAAGAUGCUGAGACGUACGAUGUUGAGCCAGACGAGCCAGACGAGCCCGAAGAUUACCUGGGCCUCAGCUCAGAGAAAGACUUGGAAGAUGAAACAUUCCAGAUCGAUCCGACGACCAGACUUCAAACCGAGAUGCAGCGCCACCCGUCAGACUUUGCUGAUAAUGCUAGUAUUUCUGAUUAUGCAGGGGAUGAGCAAUAUGUACAAGAAGAAUCCCUGACACCUAAGAAUCCCCAGGCUGCCAAAGAAGUCCAAGCAUCAUCUUGGAUUCAGAGGUUUACAAGUCUAACACCCGGCUGGCUGAAACCUCCGAUUCGAAAGUCAAGUCCGCAGCAUAAAAGUCUAACGCCGCCGACUAGUCGUGAAGCCUCGAAAGAUCCAAGUCCAGAAGAGCAGUCCGAGCAAGGCUCUGAAGAAACUGAUCUCUUCGAACAGGUUCGACAGGAGGACGCGAGGGAAGUGUCUUCGGACGAUAAAUCGGUGUCUAGUAUUGAGCAAAGACCGUCUCCCCAUCCCCAGCCCGAAAUUGCUCGUGCUUCAGUGACACCAAAGAGAGAUCAAAAAGCAAAGGCACCCGACGGACCGCCACGCCUUGCAACGUCGGGCUACUUCUCAAACGCGCAUUAUACGCUCAUCCGUGGUCUUUAUCGACUAGCCAAAGUAUCCCCCCAGAGCUUCCCUUACCACCCUAGUGCUACGCACGCUGACAUCAUCGGAGACUGGAUUUGGACCUCCGACAAUACAUACGGGGUCCCGAUCACCGAGAUGCAAUUUGCCAUCAUCUACCGGUUCAGGCAGGAACUGGCCGCUCAGGACGUGAAGUCGGGAGGCUCGGGCUGGGUCGGCUGGACGGACGCUGAGCUGCAUCGCAGACUGGUCAGCGUGAUCAUCGGCGAGCAAAUCAGGGAGGAUAGGGGGAAAUCUCUCGAUCAGAGGCCGACGCGGUCGAGGCCGAGGAGUAUAAUUCAGAGAGCGUGA